AUGGGCGCCAUUCCCGAGCUCGUGCUGGUCGGGGCAGCCGGGCUUGUGUCAUGGGUGGCUGAGGUUGCAAAUGUAAGCGAAGAGGUUGUCGCAGGGGAUAGGCUUGUGUGCGCCGCAGGAGUGGAACUUGUGGUGGGCGAUGGGCUAUUUGUGGAGGACCUUGAACUGAUGGUCGAAUACGAGCUGGGCUCGGUUGAGGGGCUGUUCGACACAGCAGGGCUCGUAGAAAGAGAAGCCGGCACGGAGGAGGCCGGCGGACCAGACGAGGUAGACAAGGUGGGCGAGGUAGACGAGGUAGACAAGGUGGGCGAGGUAGACGAGGUAGACAAGGUGGGCGAGGUAGACGAGGUAGACAAGGUGGGCGAGGUAGACAAGGUGGGCGAGGUAGACGAGGUAGACAAGGUGGGCGAGGUAGACGAGGUGGGCGAGGUAGACGAGGUAGACGAGGUAGACGAGAUAGACGCGGUAGACGCGGUAGAUGAUGAUACGGGCGUGAUGGGUGGCUUGAGAAGAACCAAGUCUUGA